AUGAAAUUUUCCAAUCAUCUUCCCCCCAAAAUUUUAAUUCUUUUGUUUUUAAUUUUUCCUUUUGUAAUUGGAGGAAAAGAACGAGGAAGCCCUCGUUCUGUUCUCGAAAGGAAAGCCUUAGCUACCAAAUAUGUAAGAAUCAUUUUGGCAUCAAACGCGCCACCCUUCCAUUUGGAAAAGUUAGAAAAGGAUUAUCCAAUACAAAAGACUCAGAAAGGUCAGGAUGACCACAUUUCGACAGGGCUAUUAAAUCAUGGCUCUCAUUCGAAUCGAAAGCGACAACGCCAAUCAGAACCUGAUGAAAAUAUUAAAAAACCAAAAGCUUCUGUUGAUAAUGAACAAUGGAUAAUUAAAUCUGCUUCUGGUGGAUUGGUUACUGCAGUUGAACCAGUAAUUAAAGCAAAUAAAGAAAAUGUUUGGGUUUUCCAUGUGACACCUAGUGAUCCUGAAUACAUAUCUACUCCAGAAAAAGACCCAAAACUUAUGGCUAUUGAAGCGUACAAGAAUUCAGAAAAAUCAACCUUUGGGUUAUCUCCGGUUCUGAUUGAUAUUGAGAAUUUUGAUAAAUUCUACAAAGGAAUGAGCAAUAACAUUUUAUGGCCAGCAUUUCACAAUAUACUUCAUAAAAUUGUUGUUAAAAAUGAAGAUUUUAAUACAAAUCUUGAAGGUAUGUAA